GUUUGACCACCAAUUAUCUGUAAUUUAGUGGUACGUUGCCUGAACCGAAGGAGAACGAAAGUAUGAUGCGGUUGAAUUUCAAGCGGAUUUCUUGGUCAAGAAUGGUUUAUAGGAUCCAAAAUUCAUUUUUCAAUGUUCCCCGAAAGAGUAUAAUGCUGAACUCAGCCCAGGGUGCUCAGUUGGAAACAGCAGUUCCUCUUCUUGUAUCAUCAAGUAGCAGUGCCUUGACAUGUAGAAGAUACUACUGCUCAGAAAAUCAACUUAGUGAAGCAGCAUAUGAAGAAUUAGCUGAUGAAACUCUUGACUCGCUGACCGAAAUGUUUGAAGAUCUACCAGAGAAGCUUGAUCUUGAUCCAGAUUAUGAUGUAACUUUUAAUAGUGGCGUUUUAACAGUGAAAAUCAACAAUACCUGGGGGACAUAUGUUAUAAACAAACAAACCCCAAAUAAACAGAUAUGGCUGUCAUCACCUUUAAGUGGUCCUAAACGAUACGACUACGUGGAUGGGUUAUGGAUCUAUAAGCAUGAUGGCAGUGUACUACAUGAACUUCUCAAUACAGAAGUUUCUCAAGCUGUUGGACAUAGUGUGGACUUUACUAUUUGUUCUUAUGGGAAAAGAUAGCAGAACUUUUAUGUGUUUAUUUUGUUAGAUUAUUAAAUUAAAUUAAAAUUUCUUGAACAUUU